AAUCACUGCGGGUUUGCUUAUGUAUUGUAUGAUAUUGAUAAGAGGGUACUCUUGCUGACCUCUGACCCCAGGCUCGCCUGCAAAAUAGGAGUAAUUGAGGUAAAAAGGGACUUUUGCUGCAUGAUAAGACAUUAUAGGUGCGCCACAACAUAACUUCGAAACCCCAGAGAUAAGAUAUUGAGUAAGAGGUUAUAAUCACCUAAAUUGUGUGCUUUAGUAGAGCAUUAACUUUGAACUGAGCAGCUACACAUGUACAGCACAAAUAUGGGCUCGAAUGUGAAGAUUAAUGUAUUUGUGUUACUGACGAUUUCAAUGUAUGGAGGUCUAUUCCUUGCUGUGUGGAAUCUACAUACCCAAAGUGCAAGUCUGAAGUAUGAGAAUGUAAACCUACAGAAUCAAAUUUCUGAAUUGCGAGGCUUUGUCGGAGCUAAUCCAAACCCCCACUCGAGUGAUGAAGUCACGGUGAUGGACACACUAAAGCGACUAACUCGACAAUCCAGCUCCUCUCAAAGUGCUACUGAUCUACUUGCUGAUGCUCUGGCAGAAUUAAUUGAAAAGAAACUCUACACUAUAAUGGACUGUGCUAGAGAUGACGCUGAUAAUUUAACCGACUGUUCGCUCAAGCCAGGCCCAAAGGGGGACAAGGGAUGCCUGGGUGAUCAAGGUAAAGAAGGCCCUCAGGGAAUGAACGGAGAGCCUGGGGUCAAAGGACACAUCGGCUACCCUGGUCAUAAAGGGGAGGUGGGUCCAAAGGGUCCUACGGCGAUCCCGGCCCAAUGGGGCAAAGAGGGACUAAAGGAGAUAUGGGCGAGAUCGGUCAACGAGGUGAUACGGGUAUUAAAGGCCAGCAAGGUUCGAAAGGACAUUAUGGUUUCCCUGGACACAAAGGCGAGAGUGGCGUUAAAGGAGAUCGAGGCUUUGGAGGCAAUAAUGGACAAAAGGGAGAGAAAGGAAUGAUGGGAGUGCAAGGU